AUAACGGUAAAAAAAAAUGGUGACGAGCUAUCAAAACAGAGCUCAGGAUCAUCUCUGUUUUUAAAUUGUUACAAUAUUAUCGCCACGAACGCAUUAGUCGAACCCUCUAAGAGGAGGCGACGUUAAAUACAUGUGACUGACUUUGUCUGUAACUUUACUGUUUGACUUUGGAACGUGCAACCUUUCAUCUGAAUGAGCAAAAGCACGCAUCAGACCGAUGCUGGAAAACAGUUGAGGAAGGGUCACCGGAUCGAAAUGUUAACUGAUUUUGUUUUUCUUCACAGAUGCUGCCGGACCUGCUGAGCUUUUCCAGCAACUCGCGUUUUUGUUCCUGAUUUACAGCAUCCGCAGUUCUUUCGGUUUUUAUUCCAAGUGAUUUAUGGUGUGCCAUAGACUGUCCUUGAUAGCUGGGACAAGGCAAUUGGCGGCUUGCAAAGGGAAGAAGCUUAAAGUAUGGCAUGCAAAGAUGGUUCCAGCCAGGGAGUCUGUGAUCAGGAUGUCUUACAGUUACAUUUCCACUCUGCUUUACUUUAUCUACGUGACAGCGUGUAUCGGUGAGAGCUCACCAGAAAUCAAGAAAGAUGAGAAAUUAUAUCCAGAAAAUUUUACUCGUAUACUGGACAGACUCCUGGACGGAUAUGACAACCGAUUGCGACCCGGAUUCGGGGGGGCUGUGACUGAAGUGAAAACAGAUAUCUACGUAACAAGCUUCGGGCCAGUGUCUGACGUUGAGAUGGAAUACACAAUGGAUGUGUUUUUCCGCCAAACCUGGGUGGAUAAAAGACUGAAGUAUGACGGCCCUAUUGAAAUUCUUCGCCUUAACAACAUGAUGGUCACUAAAGUCUGGACACCUGACACGUUCUUUAGGAACGGGAAAAAAUCCAUUUCCCACAAUAUGACCGCUCCAAACAAACUAUUCAGAAUUAUGCAGAAUGGCACAAUUCUGUACACUAUGAGACUUACCAUUAGUGCAGAGUGUCCUAUGAAACUGGUUGAUUUCCCAAUGGAUGGCCAUGCUUGUCCUCUUAAGUUUGGAAGCUAUGCAUAUCCUAAAAGUGAGAUAAUAUACACAUGGACAAAAGGUCCUGAAAGAUCAGUGGAGGUACCCAAAGAAUCUUCUAGCUUGGUGCAGUAUGAUCUUGUUGGACAAACAGUAUCUAGUGGCACAGUUAAAUCCAUUACAGGAGAAUAUGUGGUGAUGACAGUCUAUUUUCACUUGAGAAGGAAAAUGGGCUAUUUCAUGAUUCAGACUUACAUACCCUGUAUCAUGACGGUUAUUCUCUCUCAAGUGUCAUUUUGGAUUAACAAGGAAUCAGUUCCGGCUCGAACAGUUUUUGGUAUAACAACGGUUCUAACUAUGACAACACUAAGCAUCAGUGCUAGACAUUCUCUGCCAAAGGUCUCCUAUGCUACAGCCAUGGACUGGUUCAUUGCAGUUUGCUUUGCGUUUGUGUUCUCUGCUCUGAUUGAAUUUGCUGCUGUUAACUACUUCACAAAUAUACAAGCCGAAAACGCCAAAAAAAGGGCGGCCAAGCCUCCUGCUGCAUCUCCAUUGACUUCAAUAAAGACAGUGUCUGCCUCAGAGGUUGUGAUUCAGCACCCUGAUUCAAAUGGUAAUUUGAGGAAGAGAAUGAACUUCUUGGUGCAAUCAGAUAAUCUUGGCACUGAAAAAGACCACUUGGAGAAUGAUAACAAGAGUGCAAUAUCAAGACCAUCUCUAAUUGGCCAGGUACCUCCCUCAACUAUUACUUCACCGUCUUCUGUGCCAACACCCAGUAAAUUUGGGCACGCACAUGCAUCCCCUACAAUGCCAUUGGCAAGAAGCACACCACCACCCCCUCCUUGCACUCCUACAAUAGCCUCAUUGAGACCCACUCCAGUUCAUCGCCUAUGUGGAGCAACGCUAGAGCAGAACCUGCUACCAUCCAGACUGUUUGGUCAAUCCUCAAAGCAUUCUUCACCCACCGCCGUUGUAUCUGCUCCAGCCCUUCCUCCAGCUUCAUCUGCAAAUAGUGGAACAAGCAAAAUUGACAAAUAUGCUCGCAUACUUUUUCCGGUUACAUUUGGUGCAUUUAACAUGGUCUACUGGGUAGUCUACCUCUCAAAAGACACCAUGGAGAAAAUGGAGGGUGGAAUGUAAUUUUGCUGCUACAGAAAAAUCAUCUCAUCUGUAAGAACAUUUCACAAUCCAUCAAAAAAAUGCAGGGGUUUCAUUUAAGGUGUGUUAAUCUAAUGUGUAUAGAUAGCAGGGUUCUCAGUAAUGGCUGAUUUCAAUUGAACAGUACUCAUGCAGACAGAACUACCAUAUCUUAUUGCUGAGGAUAAAUGUGUGUAGCUGGUGUUAUCGUCCUCUAAGGUUUGAAUAAAGAAGUAAAAGUUGGAAUAUACGAAGAUAAUCAGCAAUGUAAAGAAAAGCAUCUGCAUUUAAGAAAACUAAACAGAAGUACUGAGAAACAAAACUGCAAGCUCAUCAGCAGCUGAAGGAAAAAUGUAAUGUUGCCAGUGACAACCAAGCCCUUUCAGCAGAACUGAGUUUUCUGAUUUCAGUUUUUAACUCUGGACUCAAGUGAUCAAAUGAAGUAAGUUCUCAAUUCUGCUACCUGAAGAUCCACCGAACGAAAGAUUAAAUAUUUUGUGGCUGUCCAAAUAUUUUAACAUGCAAUGUCAUCUUUUCCGGGCUAACCAGAAUAUAACAAGGAAAAAUAAUUUACAGUUUGGUAUUUUUAUAACUAGUAUUAAUUUAAAAAUAUAUUUUGUUCUAAGAUAUAUUUGGUGACACCAACAAAAUUUUUACAAGUUGGUGUGUUUCUAACAAUUGGAAAAGUGCCUGUGAAUUCUCAAUAGAAAUCAAAUAUAGAAAAAGUAAGGUGAGACCAGAGCAUCAUUAGUAAACCUAUGUUCAUUUCCUGUGACAAGUAGGAGGUGCCACCACUGAGUAACUAAAAACUGUCGAAAAUGGAACAGUCAAGCCAUGAGGCUAAGAUCAGUUCUUCAUUGCAUUCACGUUUGACGAAACCCGUGAUACUUCCACAUCAUAACGUCAGGCAGCUUUUGAACUUGACAAAUGUAACUCUGAGAUGUUCAGUGGUUUGUUUUAUUGACAAUGUAUUUCUGUGCAGCUGAUUCCACUGUCUUUUUGGAGAGGAGAUGUUAAUGACCUGAAAAGUUGAUAGCAAGCAAAUGGUUUAGGAGAUUCUACGACCUGGAACAGGAACAUUCCCUCUUGACAAAGAGAUCGUGGUUAACAUACUGUCCUCUUUCUGCUCUUUCAUUGUUUUUGCUUGAGCUUUCCAUUUGGCAACUCUACAUAGAUCAGGAAGUUUGUUGGCCUGCUGAGUGGUCUGUGCAACAUGAAUGUACCACUUAAUAAAGCCUAGUUAUGAAGAUGGUAUCUCUAAAAUAAUUCAAUGAAUUUAUUUUUGUGGAACUGGGAGGAGCAGCCUAAAUUUCUAAAAUGAAGACAGAAAUUGCCAGGUAAACUCAAUGGGUCUGGCAGCAUCUGUGGAGAGAGACAGAGUUGACGUUUCAAGUCCAAUAUGCAUCCUUUGGUUCUGUCAUUAAGACAGCUCAGUAGUACAUAUUUCUGGAUCAUUAUUUUUUAAAGUAGGCAUUAAUAUUACACAGUGUCUAUGCUUUAUCUUCAUAGCAAUAUUUCCAUAGAAGUUAGCAAAAUCAGGAAGGAAUUGUCCCUUUUGAUCACAUUAGUGGUGCCUUUCAGUAUUUUAAGGAGUUAGGUCAUUUCAUUUCUCAAGGUGGCUGCUUCCGAAAUUGUUUCAGUUGUACACACUUAAUAUGUUAGGUUACAAAGUUAUAAAUGCUUCUCUUCUUUCCAAAACAUAAUUGCCUUUUCCAAUAUAAAGUGCCAAAAUUGUCUUCAAUUCCAACAAUGGUGUUACCAAAGAUUUGCAGGGUUAAACCUGUUCUCAUUUAUUCUACACCAGUUAGUUUGUUAACGUCUUCCUGCUGACUAGAUAUUGUUAAUUGGUACAUUGCUCAAUCAUUGCAUUUCUUUUUGCAAAGCACGUCAAGCUCACCUUUUUAUAUCAACACACAUGGGUGCUUUGUGACAGAGUGGUAGUAUCCCUACCUCUAAACCAGGUUACUUAGUUUCAAGUUCCACCUACUCAGACGUGUGUAACACCAUCUCUAACAGGUUUAUUAGGAAAAUAUAUAACAACAAGCUUAAGCUCGAGCCCAUUGCACCAUUAGCAGGCUGUACUGAAUUUCUACUGUGAAAUCGAUAAUUUGGAUGGGCAAGCCCCACAAAAAAGAAACGAUCACCAACACAAUAUUAUUUUAGCUUUUAUUUCAUCUCACUUAAUUAAAUUAGAUUUUUUUGGAAUUUUUAUAGCCCAUAAAACGACUCAGAUUGAAAUUGGAUCUCAAUGCCCCCUUUCUGUUGGAUAAAGAAGUAUGAGGCGCAAUUCAUGCACCAAUGUCCUGCACCCCAUUGAUUGCUGAAAAAUGUUGUACCUGAAAGUAGUAAAUCUCUGGUGGUAACAUAAAAUGGAUGCUAGGCCUUUCUGAUAUUUGAAUAAAUACACCCAUAAUAUUAUGUUUCACCAAUAACGUAAUUUUUCCAAUAGACAUUUAUUUCAAAUCAUCUUUGCCUCAUUUCUUCACAAUUGCCUCUUUGAAGCCUUCUAGAAAUAUCAAUCUUUUUGACAACUAAUGUCAAUUAUCCAUGAACCACUUUAAAACAUUUCAGCUUGAUUUUAUGUUUGUCACUGCUUAUUAUACUUACAUUUCAUUUUUCUUGAACAUUAUUUGACUCCAUUCCUUAGUCAGCAGUAAUUAUUAGUUGAUCAAGGUCUUUGCCUUGCCAUAGCAAUUCUGUAUUAGCACGCUGAAUCUAAUAGGUCUUUAGGAUUCUUCAAUGACUCGUGACCAAUGUAGUAAAUGUUCAGGUGCCCAGUGUAGAUAAACUGGUGACUUCAGGCCUGAAAUUAGAUGCUGAUUUUUUUCUAAAUCGGUCAUAUUGAGCAUCAUUCUUACCAUAUCAGAUUUUUCCUCCUCAGGAAUGCAUACAGUCCAGUAGCCAUUGUAAAUGCUUGCUUUAAUGAGCUCCCACAACUCCCUUCAUAACACUUAUCCUUUGUAUGAAAGAUCAUUUCACUUACUUGUUUUUUGCGAAAUGUAUUUUCCUUGAUUUCUUUUAUAAAUCAUUACUUCAUGGGAUAUGGGUGUCACUGGCAAGACCAGUAUCUAUAGCCAAUCCCUCAAUGCAUUUAAGAGACAACCACAUUGCUGUGGCUCUGGGAUCACAUAUAGAACUGACCAGGUAUGGACAGCUGUUUCCUUCCCUAAAGGACAUCAGUGAAGCAGAUGGGUUUUUAUGACAAUUGACAAUGAUUUCUUAGUUAGACUCCUAAUUCCAGAUUGUUAUUGAAUUCAUAUGCGGCAGGAUUCUUAUCCAUUCCCCAGAAAACAACUUGGUUCUCUGAGGUUUUUCCUUGUCUAAUUACAUCACUAGGUCAGAAGAACCAGGAGCAGGAGUAAACCAUCUGGUCCUUCGAGCCUGCUCUGCUAUUCAAUAAGAUCAUGGCUGAUCUUUUCAUGGCCUCAGUUCCACUUACUCACCUCUCACCAUAACCCUUAAUUUCUUUACUAUCCAAAAAUUAUUUAUCUUAGCUUUAAAAACAUUAAAUGAGGAAGCCUCAAUUACUUCACUGGACAAGGAAUUCCACAGAUUCACAACCAAUUGGGUAGAGAAGUUCCUGUUCAUUUCAGUCCUAAGUCUGGUCCUCCUAAUUUUGAAACUAUGCCCAUUUGUUCUUGUUUUACUGCCAGUGAAAACAUUUCCCUGCUUCCAUCUUAUCUAUUCCCUUCAUAAUUUUAUAUGUUUCCAUAGAUCCCCCCUCAUUCUUCUAAAUUCCAAUGAAUUUAAUCCCAGUCUAUUCAGUUUGCCCUCAUAAGCCAACUCUUUUAACUCUGGAAUCAACCGAGUGAUUCUCCUCUGCACCCCUUCCAGUGCUGGUACAUCCUUUCUCAAGUAAGGAGACCAAAACUGCACACAGUACUUCAGGUGUGGCCUCACCAGUACCCUAUACAGCUGUAACAUAGCCUCCCUGCUUUUAAACUCAAUCCCUCCAGCAAUGAAGAACUAAAUUCAUUUGCCUUCUUAUUUACCUGUUGUACCUGCAAACCAGCCUUCUGUGAUUCAGGCACAAGGACACCCAGGCCCCUCUGCACAGCAGCAUGCUGCUAUUUUUACCAUAUUAGUAAAAUCCCUUUGACUGUUAUUCCUACCAAAAUAGAUGAUGAUUUACCAAAAUUGAAUUCUAUCUGGCAGACCUUUACCCACUCACUUAAACUAUCUAUAUCCUUUUGAAAACUUUUAGAGUCCUUUGCACACUUUGCUCUACUCUCAUUUUAGUAUUAUUCACAAACUUUGACAUACUAUACGUGAUCCCCAACUCCAAAACAUCUGAGUAAAUUAUAAACAAUUGUGGUCCCAACAACUGAUCCCCAAGGCACAUCACUAGUCACUGUUUGCCAACCAGAAAAGUACUCAUUUAUCCCCAUUUUUUGCUUCUUGUUAGUUAACCAAUUCUUGAUCCUUGCUAAUGCAUUGCCUAUACACCAUGCACUUUUCCCUUAUGCAGCAGCCUCUUGUGCAGCACCUGGUCGAAUGGCUUUUGGAAAUCCAGAUUCAUCACAUCUACUGGGUCCCCAUUGUCCACUGCGCUAGUAAUGUCUUCAUAGAAUUCCAACAAAGUAGACGUGCAUCACCUGCCUUUCGUGAAUUCAUGCUGUGUCCACCCAAUAGGGACAGUUUUUAUCUUGAUAUCUUGUUUUGCCUUCCUUGAUGAUAGAUUCAAGCAUUUUCCCCACUAUUGGAGUUAAGCUAACCAGCUUAACCAUCAUUAUCUCCAUAAGUUCCCCUCUCUAUUCCUCCUGUCUGAGAAGUUGACUCUUUUCUGGUCUUAACAGUCCAGAUAGCAGAUGCCAUCUGAUAAAUAGAUUAAGUGAGAGCCAAAAGAAUGAAGGAAUAGUAUUUCAUGUUGGUUUUUCCUUUACCUUUGUUGUAUUCAUAAGAGGGGAUGGAUAAGGUGAAUAGCAAAGGUCUUUUCCCUCGGGUACAGGAGUUCAAAACUACAGGGCAUUCUUUAAGGCGAGAGCCAAAAGAUUUAAAAGAGUCAUGAGUGGCAAUGUGUGGAAUGAAUUGUGUGGAAUGAAUUGCCAGAGGAAGUGAUAGAUGCAGGUAAAGUUAUAAUAUUUAAAAGACUUUUGGGUAGGUACAUAAGUAGGAAAGGUUUAGAGUGAUACAGGCCAAACGCAGUUACGUGGGACUAAUUUAGUUUGGGAAACUUGGUCAGCAUUGAUGGGUUGGACCGAAGAGUCUGUUUCUGCAGUGCAUGACUUUAUAAAAGUUUAUAAAACUCAUUUGAAAUGCUGCAAACAUCAUUUAUGUUAUUGUACCAGGAUUUCUAGAUCUCUGUAACUCGUGCAAUGAAUGAAAUGGAAAAUCUCACAGAAAUUGACCUCGUCAAUGUCAGUGAACCAUAUUAGUUUGGAGAAAAUGAGAGAGGAGACAUCAUAAUCAAACCUCUUUCUGUUCUAAUGCAAAGUUUUUUUAAUAUAUGAACUAAAGGCCUUGACACCCAGGUUUACUUUUUAUUUGUCUUUGUGUCCUUUUCAAUGGGAAUGGUAUCCUUCCUAUGAUUAGAGGUCUGGAACUCAGUACAGAACAUCAGAUAGAUUCAGACCAGUGCUAUUCACAAUAGCAAUAAUUGUCUUCACAUUUAUACUUUGUUCUUACAUUCAUUUAACCCAGGAACAUAUUUGCCACUAUUAAUACAGCUAAGCACUGAGAUGAUGGUUUCAUAAAUUAAGCACUUAGAACAUUUAGAUAUGCAUCUUUCUUUGCUAAUCAGCAGGAUGUUCAAACUACAAAAAAAACUGGAAAUACUUAGAUCUGAAAAAUUAAUUCUGUUCCUCUCACAGAUACUACUUGACCUGCUGAGUAUUUCCAGCAUUUUUGUUUUUACUUUACAUUUCCAGUAUUUUGCUUUUGUGUUAGCUGGUUGUUUGAUUUAAUUCAUAAUUCCUGUUUCAAAACAAUUUACAUUACUGAAUGCUUUGCAAUGUGACUUCUCCCAUCAAUCAGCUUGAGGCUGGAAAAUUGGAUGGUUGUUUGCGGGGUGCAAACAUUUUGUUGUUUGGAAGAUGUUCCCCAAAAGUGUAAGAUACGUGCCUCACUGUCUUUAUGGAAUCAUUAGUGUUGUGUCCCUAUCUUAGUUAUCUUUCAUUUGAUGAUAUGAUGUCAUUUCUUCUACUUUGCGAAAGCAUUUACCUGUCUGAGCUACUAGUAAUAGCAGAAUCCAAAUUAUUAUUGUUUGUUGGCAUAAUGUAAAAUCAUAUUCACAAAUUGCUUCCAACAGCUUCUUUUCAGUUAUGCUAUCCAUCCUUUCAUACACAUGAUGUUAUGUUUCACCCAUAAUAUCACUUCUCCAGUUGACAUCUAUCUUUGCAAAAUUUUCAAACCAUCUUUGCUUCAUUUCUUGACAAUUGCCUCUUUGAAGUCUGCCAGCACGUCAAUCUUUUUGACAGCUUAUUUCAAUUAUACCUGAACUACAUUAAAACAUUUCAACUUGUUCUUUUGCUUAUCACUGCUUAUUAUACUUGUAUUUCUUUAUUUCUUGAACAUUAUUUGACUCUUAGUCAGCAGUAGUUAUUGUGUUCUUCAAGGUCUUUGCCUGUCCAUAGCAAUUCUCAUUUCAACAUAUAAAGUUCCAUCGGCCGCUUUAAAGUAUUUGUUAGUUUCAUUUAAUCUUUAUGCUUGAAUAUGUCUUCAAAAAAUAUGAUGAUUAAAUGGGUUAAGUCACAAUUCCAAAUAAAAAAUAACUUUAUGGAAAUAAUUGCGAACUUAAAGACAAAAAUUGGAAUAUGUUCCAUUUCAAAGAUAAAAAUAUGUUUAUACACUAUGGCCAGUUUAUGCAUAUACAGAUACGAGGAAAUAUAAUAACCGCACUACCACAUUAAGAUUAAAGAUUACACUGUCUUCCUGAUACUUAUUGGCAGAUUCAACAAAUUAUAUUAACUACUAUGAUGGUUUUCAGUUCUCAGAAAACUCUAAAUGAAUUCACAUCCCAUAUUUUUAAAAAAAUUCAUUUUCACUUCACAGGAUGACUUUUACAACAAUCGUGUUACCAGUUUGAUGCCUAAAUGCUGGUUCAUGUUUUCUGUUAGAAUUACUGGGCUUUGUAAACAAAAAAGGAAAGUAUCUGGAUGAAGAGUGGGAAUU